GCGUUCAGAACAUCGGCGGCCGCCCGGGUGACUCGGUUAUAUGUCACAGAAUAACAUUCGAGAAUGGGACAUGGAAUGAGGCGACGGCUGCAGCAGCCCCGGCAGCCGCAGCAGCCGCAGCAGCCCCAGCAGCCCCAGGCCCAGGCCCAGCACCCGCAGCCGCCGCAGCAGCCCCCGCAGCCCCCGCCGCCCGGAGAAGCUCCGCGGCCAUGAGGCCCCUGGCCGGCCCGAGGCUUGGCCCGUAAGCGGAGCUCCAGCCGCCGCUCCCGGUUCGCGCGUCCUGCGGCAGCCAGAGGCAUGGAGAAGGCCGACCCCGCGGGGCGCUGAUCCCAGUGCAGCGCCCGCGCGCACACGCCCCCCGCCGCCGCCGCGCGCCCCCCGCACCCUCGCCCCGCCCCGAUCCCACCAUGACCGGCUCCGCCGCCGACACUCACCGCUGCCCCCACCCCAAAGGCGCCAGAGGCACCCGGUCCCGGAGCAGCCACGCGCGGCCCGUGAGCCUCGCCACCAGUGGGGGCUCGGAGGAGGAGGACAAAGACGGCGGGGUGCUGUUUCACGUUAACAAGAGCGGCUUCCCCAUCGACAGCCACACCUGGGAGCGCAUGUGGAUGCACGUGGCCAAGGUGCACCCCAAGGGGGGAGAAAUGGUGGGCGCCAUCAGGAACGCCACCUUCUUGGCAAAGUUCCAGGAAAGUGCAGACUGUCCCGACUUCCCCAGGCUAGAUCCCGAAAACACAUCAGUAAUGAAGACUAACAUAGCCAGCCCUUCCAGAGUACCAAGCGCCAAUGCCAAGUUGCCAGCUCUGUACAUUAGGUCCUACAAUCCUCACAACCCGCCCGGACGGUUUGAACCUUCAGUGCCGCAGGUUCCGAACUACAGGCUGUCGAUGACGAUCCCAGACUGGCUCCAGGCAAUCCAGACCUACAUGAAGACACUACAAUACAAUCACACAGGGACCCAGUUCUUUGAAAUUAGGAAAAUGAGACCGCUGAGUGGGUUAAUGGAAACAGCGAAAGAAAUGACUCGGGAGUCCUUGCCUAUCAAAUGCCUUGAAGCUGUCAUCCUGGGGAUAUACUUAACCAAUGGACAGCCUUCCAUCGAGCGAUUCCCCAUCAGCUUUAAAACCUACUUCUCAGGAAACUAUUUUCACCAUGUUGUGCUGGGGAUUUAUUGCAAUGGCCGCUACGGCUCACUGGGCAUGAGCCGAAGGGCUGAGCUGAUGGACAAGCCGUUGACCUUUCGAACUCUGAGUGACCUCAUCUUUGACUUUGAAGACUCCUAUAAGAAGUACCUGCACACAGUCAAGAAGGUCAAGAUUGGGCUGUACGUCCCCCAUGAGCCUCAUAGCUUCCAGCCCAUUGAAUGGAAGCAGCUGGUCCUCAAUGUCUCCAAGAUGUUAAGGGCCGACAUAAGGAAGGAACUGGAGAAAUGCGCCAGGGACAUGAGAAUGAAGAUCCUGAAACCUGCAAGUGCCCAUUCUCCAACCCAAGUGAGAAGCCGGGGGAAAUCCCUGUCCCCCCGAAGGAGACAGGCGAGCCCCCCGAGACGGCUCGGCAGGAGAGACAAGUCCCGAGGCAAGCGACCACGCCUGUGCCCGCAGAGGACAGCUCUUAGACUGCCGCAGUUGGCUGGGUCGGGGAUCACAGGGGCUCGAGGGGACAGAGAAGCAAGGGUUGAAAGGAAAAUGCAAGGCUGCGUGACCCAGGGAGGACAAGAAGGACAGAAGCACCAAGCCCCUCCCUCCCUCUCCAGAUCCCAGCUUCCGCCAUUGCCACAGACUAGAGCCCAGGACACCCUGGUUCCUAGAGGUGUGUCUGGAGGAGAACAGCUUCUCAGCUUCUACCCCUGUCCUUCAGCAAGCAGGCUUUUCUCCAGGCCCGCACUGCCUGAGAAGGUGGCUGACCUCAGCACGCUGAAUGAGGUGGGCUACCAAAUCCGAAUUUAGGCAAGCCAUAUCAGCCAGCAAGAGGGCUUCCGUGGUGCUUCUCUCUGCACUUUACCCCAGCAUCUUCAGGAGGAACUGCAACUAUUUAUUGAGAACCUGUGGAUUUUAUUUUUAAGGAUUCACUUGGACAUGGAUUCGGAGUGGGUGGUAACAAUUAACGUUGAAAGUCACCAAGGGGCCACCAUGAAAAGGCUGAAGAAACCCCACUGGGGUUGGACUGUCCCCCUCACUACAGAUAGAAAGGGUCAUAUGUAACUGUAGUUUUCUAUCUUCCCAUUGACCUACUUUUAUUUACUUGCUUUUGGACACGAUGCCUCCUCACCAGUAGUAAAUGUUCCUGAAACCCUCUCUCCCACUUUUGAUAUAGUAAGGUAACUCAGCCAGUAUUAAUGUCUUUUUUCAGCAAUAACAGAGGCAAAAAAUGGUGGGAUUUUUUUUUCUUUUUAAGCAGUCAAUAUUACCUCAGCAUCUUGACAUCAGAUAUGCAAACUUAAUGGUGUUUUGUUUUUUUAUAUUCUAUUUGAAUUAUUUCCCCUGUACUUCCAAUGGGGAUCUCCAGAAAGUUUGGAAUUUUUUCCUGGUGCACACAUACAAUGGGAUUAAGGUAUUAUACCAAGUGUUUUACUAAAAAGCACUGAAAUUCUUCUGGCAAUACGGGAAACUCUUUUCAGGACCUUGGAGUUACUUCUUUCUUAAAGCAUUCACUGACAGUGGUUUUUGUUCUUUCAAAACAAAAAGCACGAUCCGAAGGUAGUCUGUGUUCUGUCACUAACAUUUAAACUUUGCAAACUCCAGCAAAAAAAGCACAAGAGGUCACGGCACUGUGACACACAUUUAGCAGUAUUGCAAGGACCUUCCGGCAACCACACACUCAGAAAGGCAGAGGCUAGGAGUGAAUCGGCAGAGUCUUGAGAACCAGAUAACCUUUCUGUUCACGUCCCAUCUGUUUUUUAGACUCUGAGUCAGGCGUUGGUUCCGAGGACUCACUGUUGUCAGGGAGGGGUCCUGAUGUCUUAUAUUAAGACCAAAGGUGGCACGGUGUGAUCCCUUUCCAGUCCCUCUCUUUGAAGUACCACUUCAUGACUUAGGAACUGGUAUUGGAAAAUGCGAUGAAUUAAGAGAAGCAGAAACUUCUUUUAAAUGGAAAUGUCUUCAGGUAGGGGGUUCUACCUUUGAGCAUGACGGAAUCCGUGAAAGACAGUGUGUCUGUGUAACUUCGGACUGCGGGCCGCGGAGAGGAGCUCUACCCGGCAAGUGUGUACGUUGUCACCAUCAAGAGUGUGCUUCUGUUCCGUCUGUUGUAGCUCGGCGGCCAUGCCAACACAGGAGGCCAACUCGCAGAUGUACGUGAAGUCUGCUAGUCAACACAAGUGUUAUUUCAGUUGCCAGGACUUCCUCCCUGGCUUUCUUUGCCUGAAGGCGAUUUUAGAAAGGGGAGUAGAAAAAUAAUCUGCUCACCGAGAUUCUGUACCAGUAAAACCACUGAAGGUGACCUCAUCCCUCGGCCACGUGCACGUGCCGCUCCCUUUACGCUAAAACUCAGUGGCAUUAAUGGAAAGUGAUUAUUUUCUUGAAAAAGGAGGACGUUUAGCAUCCUUUACGGGAAAAGGACCAAGUAAGUGGACAUCUCAAUUACAUUAAAAUAGAGAAGUUAAAAAUUCUGAACUAAAAUCACUCUCUUUAAGAAUAGUAUCAGUUUGAAAAAAAAUAGUAUCAGUUUGAGUUAAGAUGAGCUAUCUUUGUAUCUCUUCAUAAGGCAAACUCAUUUGCAGCCUAAUGACCACGUCUACUGAAAUAUUUGAGUUGCUCUAAAACAAUACUGCCUUAGCUCUCUCUGUGAAAAAUAAGAUAUGUGUAUCUUAUGUUUGCCAAUCUGAAAUUUUAUUAUCGCUAAUAGUUCACCAUUUAUACCACGGUGAUCUUUCUAAGAGCUUAGACUAGGAUUUUCCAAGUUUUACUUAAGUACUGUCCCAUCCAAAAUAUAGAAUGUCAUUAGCUGCAGAGCCCCUUUUUUCCCCACAAAAAAGGGUAAAGAAUAGGAACACAAACUAUUCUAAGACGCUGACAUACAAGCCUUAAAACCACCGCUGGUUUGGUGAUUCAGUUAGUAACCUGAUUUUUUUUUUCCACUCCCUUCUCGAUGGUAAGAUUCAGUCCCCCAGAGCAAGGGUUAGUCACACAAACAUGAAAAGUAAUUUAAAAUGCUCUUAGUUUUCAUUCUAGCUUUAUUGCCUGUGGAAUUAUGUUGAUUUCUAAAAGAUCUGAGAAAGGUACUGAACUCUUCCAUUCUAGUGCAGGAAUUUGAUUAAGAUGAUAUUUAGGCAGAAACAAAACCAAAAAACCAUGACAUGAUUUAUUCCCCCCAACAUUAAUUUUAAAACUGGCUGCUAUUCAAAAAAUAAAAAAUAAAACUUUGAGAUGAUUUGAAUCUAGUUUUUAAAGUUAUUAGUGCAAGAGAAAUUUUACACGUAAGCCAUUGUGGGGAUAUAUGCAAAGUUUAAAUGGAUGACAGAAAUCUUGAUUUCAGACUCCAUGUGCUGUUUUGAGUACACUUUAUUUCAGAAAGUGAUAUUUAGUAUUUUCUAUACACUUUGAAAUCAUGAGCAUUUCACUUUUUCUAAGUCAAUUAUUUCAUAAGGAUUUUUUUAAUAGAUAUUGGUAAAUAGAACUUUGGAAAUCUUGAUUCUGUAUUCUUACUAUACCCAAGGCUUUUGUAAGCUAUAGUUUUAUGUACAACCUUGUACAGUUUUUUUGACACACAAUUCAGAAUCUUGUUUAUUCUCUUGGACUUUGUUCUGGCCAAUACAUUUUUUUUAAAUCUUUAAGGAAAACUGUGAUUGUUUUAGUGGGUAUUUUUCUAAGUAAAGGGAAAGUUGUAUAAUGGUAUUUUAGAGAAUGCCAGAUAAGUGCAUGUUUCAAGUUAAUGUUUUUCUCAUCACUUGUAUGUUUAUACACAGCAUGGGACUUUAAUAAAACCACCCUGGAAACUUAAGGAUUGUUUUUCUUCUAAAAAUGUAUGUAAGAGGGUGUGAUUUAUUUUUUUUCUUGUCCUUUUACUACAUCCUUGUCCUAGUAAACUCAUUUAUCACUCCCUCUCCCUUAUCUUCUUCCACAAUUUUCAGACUCUGUAUUCAACACUAUUCUGUUUUGCCACAUCUGAAUUCACUUACAUGUUAGCAUCACUCUAAGCAAUACAGGCUUUAGGGUAAUGAAAUAGUUAGAAGGACAACAGCCCAGUGGACACACUUAGCACACCUAUCACAAAACCUCCAGGCACAGAUGCACUAGAGUAAUAACUUAUUAGGUGAUUCAUAGAGACGAAGUGCAAAUGACUUCUCUGUUUCCCCAAACCCUUGAACUCUCUGGAUCUCUAACUUGGUUUUUUAGGAAAGCAAAGGGUUAAAAGCCGACAGUUGCUAAAUUCCAAAAAAAAAAAAAAAGACAAGAUUUCAAACAUGCAUAUUAUCUUGAUAUCAAAAGGUAUCGUAAAACCAACAUUUCUUACUCCAUAGUAUCUCUUUCCAUUUUAAAACUUGGCCAGUACAGCACUUCGGCCUGGGGGUGAUUUGGCUUCAGCAAUUAACCAGAUUUCAAUGCUUUUUGGCAGGUAAAUACAAGGCUCCAACAGAGUUACCAAUUCUGACCAAAAAAAGUAAAGACAAGUGGACAGUUCAUUUUAGCGGAGCUUCAAAAACCUGUGAGAAGGUUGCACUGAUCCUUUGGCCUCCAGUUCACAAAAUACUACGUCCUCUAUGCUCAAGUGGAAAGCAUUUUUAUGGAUUUAUUCUACAAAGUGAAGCACAUGAAAAGGGCCUAAAAUUAAUAUAUUGAUCAGGACAUAAAAAAUUAAAUUUUCACAGAGGUUUUCAGAGAUGUUAGUUUAGCAACAAUGACCUAUACACAAAGUUAUCUGUUAAUAAACUCACAUAACACAAAGGAGUAAUUAAUGCAUUUUCAUUUUUCUUCCCCCAAUAUUAAAAGGGAUUAAUUAUACUAUUAUUUGGUGAGGACAAUGUCUGUUAAUUAGAGCACACAAUAUUCUGCAAACUGUUACUAGAAAACGUGGAAAGUCUUAGAACUACAGUUAAUACUGUAAGUAAAAACCCAAAAAUGUGAGAAAUUAAACAUUUAAAAAUACUUACUAUCAUUUUUCAUAGGUAAAUCCUCAUAACCUACACGCCUUGUUCAGGUAGUCAUUUGAUUUCUUUUCUCAAAAAAUAACUGUAGUAAAUAUACUUUAGUACAAAAACCUUUAAAGUCCAGGACCCGGAGUAAAUACUGCUUUCUAAUUUCAGAAAAGGCAUUCUAUGAAGAACACCCGUUGUAAAAACUUCUAUAAUUCAGUACAAUUGAAUAUAAAAUUACUACUUAGUAAAAAUGUGCAUCAUUUUUUGAUCCUAAUGUCUAAAAAAGAGGACACAUUAA